AUGCUCUUUUUGGUGCUCAACUGGUUGUCGUUUGCAUAUCUUGCCACAGUAUUUAGUCAUGUAGCCGCGCAGAGUUCGAAUUCCAACGCUACCGUAGCCGCCUGGCUAUGGGAUACAAAGGAAGAGCCGGCGUUGGAGGUCCACCAUACCUCAAAUACAGCAGCAGUAUGGGGAGAACCGACCCCGGAUUUUUCCAUGCUCCAACUUGGCAGCCAACCUCAUCGUGUCCUUCGCGCUUUAAUGUUCUUAGAUAAGAGAACGGCGGAAUACUAUGAAUACGACCUCGUCGAGCUGCGAGCCAGGGUUUCCGAGUUGGUCCAAGAGGCGAAUACCUAUUUUAUUCAAUUUCGUCUUGGAAUUGUGCUCGUCGAUAUCUUGCAAACAGACCGAACAGACCUGAGCUUGUAUUCAUUUCAAGAAUAUAGGAACCAGAGACUACACAAGCUACCAGCCCAUGAUUUUGCCGUUUUGAUAUCCUUCAAAUAUGCCGGGGGAUUGGCGUUCGUCGGUGGCAUGUGUACAUCUACUAGUGUCAUGAUGUGUGGAUUUUUCCCUCAACAACCAUCUGCGAUGGGGUCGAUUUUCUUCCACGAGGUCGCGCAUCUGCUGGGAGUUCCACAUAAGGAAGCAAACGCGACACUAAAGGUUCCCCUCUGUACCUGCAAAUCGGCGACCGCCUACACUGUCGACGAACCGUGUUUACGGAUACCGGGAUUCGACCACGACUGCACCGCACAACAAUUGGCCAAUAUCGUCUACAAGAAUCGGUGUUUGAAGACCAAUCAUAACGAGAUGGCAUCGAUUGCGAUUUGUGGGAAUGGCGUGGUAGAAUCCGGAGAACAAUGUGAUUGCGGCCUUGCUGCACAAUGCGGAUCUUCGUGGAAUUGCGAUUAUUUAAGAUGCGAAUAUCGGCUACAUCCAGUGUUUUUGUGGAUGAUCGGUAUAUUCGCGCUCUGUACGUUCUUGCUGAUUCUACUUGUCUAUGGCUAUUGGAGGGGCAUGUUCCAAGGGCUUCGGAAGAAGGCACCGAAGAAUGCCACCUUCAAGGCAAAUCUCGGGCGGUCCCAGUCAUUCUUAAACUACACCAGCAGCCCUUACUAUACAAAGAAACAUACGCAUGCUAGUCAGAUAUCCCCGUCAUCAAUCGUGGUUUUAUUGGAUGGACAGGGCCAGCCUCCUCCAAUGACACCAAACACAGCGGCCAAGCAACGUCCCCGACUGCCGCCUCCUCCCCCACCACCCUCCAAUCUUUUGACAAAAUCCAAAAUCAGCAUCCAAAUGCCGGCCACCACCGGUUAUGAAGUGCCGAACAGCCAGCUCCAGCCAGUCGACAACUUUGAUGGACUCAGCUGGAAAUUCGACGAUUUCGAUUCUGGAGAUGAAGACCUGCCAGCGCCAUUCCAAGGAUACCCGGGACAGAUUGGGGUACCAACAAUCCCAAUCACCGGUGGGAGAAGCCCAAUCCAACGUGUCACCGUGCAAUACAGCGGUGGAUCCGAUGCAACGAUGAGCACGAAUUGUCCUUCCAACUCGAAUUCCGAUGCGUCUUUGAUUGUU